CCGAUUAUAAUUUAACUAAAAUUAGAUUUUGACCCACAUUUUAAAAGCGUAAGAAUUUUUUAAAAAUAUAUAAUUUACAAAAUCAAUAUGUUUUAACAUUUUUUGAUAAGUAGUGUUUUAACAUUUUUAUUUUAGUGUAUUUAAAACUAUAUAAUUGUAUUUUUAUGUAUAUCUGUUUUGUGAUGCUCAUUAUAAAAAGUCUUUUAUUUAUUCUUCAAGUUAGACUUUUUUUCUCAAAGCUACUGUCUCCAUGUUAGAUUUAUUUAUUCAAUGUUCAAAAAAUCGAUAGGCGGUGGUUAGACGUCUUAUAGAUGAUUAUUGUUUAGAGAGAUGUCUUGUCACAUAGACCAAUUUUUUUUAAAAAAGAAUUGAUUUGAAAAAAUUAUUUUGCUCAUACACGAUUUGCCGACAAGGCGGACGCCUAGAGUAGUCUAGACCAAUUUUUAGAACACUACCUAUAUAUAUGGUUCAUAUCAGUAGAAUAAGGCAUUGAAUGGUGACCAAAUGAAUGAAAAGAACACUACGUUUCCUAACGUUCUUUGAAAAUUUUACCAUUCAUGAGAAAUAAGUUUUACUUUUUAUUCCUCUUCAAUACUUUAUUUGUAGAGAAUUAUAAAACAAAACUAUUUUUUAUUAAAUUUAAUAAAGAAUCAUCAUUCCUAAAUUUUAUUUUUACUCAUUCUUUUUCACCUUUCUAGUGUUUGUACGAUACCAGUCACAUCCUAUAACUGAAACAAAUAUAUGUGGACAUCCAUUAGUUACAUUAAAUAAACGUGGCUAUCUGUACAUCAGUGCAAAAAUUACAAACAUCAUAAAAAUCUCUCGAGGGGAAAACUAAUCUUGAAGAAUUUAAAGAUAGUACGAUGAUGAUGAUACUCCUCGUAUGCUCAAUAAUUUUAAUUACCACUCUCUUCCUGCAAAAUAGGUCAACAGGGAAGAAAAGCAACACACCGAAGUCACCACCGAGAUUUCCGUUAAUCGGAAACCUUCAUCAACUCGGCCGCCACCCUCACCGAUCACUAUGUUCUCUCAGCCAACGUUACGGUCCUCUCAUGCUUCUUCAUUUUGGUCGUGUCCCUGUUCUUGUAGUCUCUUCUGCGGACGCGGCUCGAGACGUUUUGAAGACGCAUGACAGGGUUUUUGCAAGCCGUCCAUGGACUAAAAUCACCGAGAAGCUUCUUUACAACGGGCGUGAUGUGGCCUCAGCUCCAUAUGGAGAGUAUUGGAGGCAAAUGAAGAGUGUUUGUGUCGUCCAUCUCCUCAGCAACAAAAUGGUACGGUCAUUUCGUGACGUGAGAGAAGAAGAGAUCAGCCUGAUGAUAGAAAAGAUCCGGGAAUCAAGUUCUUUGCCGUUGAAUCUAAGCAAGCUCUUGGUGAGUUUAACAAAUGAUGUUAUAUGUAGAGUUGCUUUGGGAAAGAAAUACGGCUGUGAAACAGAUUUUAAGGAGUUAACAGAAAGGUUCUCGAGGCUAUUGGGUACCUUUAGUGUGGGUACUUAUGUCCCGUGGCUUGCGUGGAUUGAUUGGAUCCGUGGUCUGGAUAGGCAGCUAAAAAAGACAGGAAAUGAUUUUGAUGAGUUCUUGGAGAAAGUUUUGGACGAUCAUGUAGAUGGUGACAGAGACGGGACUGAUUUCGUGGAUGUAUUGCUAACCAUUCAGAGAGAUAAGAGCGUUGGUUUCCAACUCGACCGACUCAGCAUAAAAGCAAUAAUAUUGGAUGUUUUUGUGGGUGCUACGGACACUUCGUACACACUUAUGGAAUGGGUGAUGACUGAGCUUUUACGUCACCGAGAGUGUCUUAACAAACUUCAAGAAGAAGUCCGUACGAUUUGUAACGGGAGAUCGAGUGUGUUAGAAGAAGACAUUCAAGACAUGAAGUAUUUAAAAGCUGUGAUCAAAGAGACACUUAGGCUACAUCCUCCACUUCCAUUGAUGGCUCCUCAUGAAUCAACACAUGAUGUUAGAUUAAGAGAAUACGACAUACCCGCAGGGACACAGGUACUGAUCAGUGCUUGGGCGAUCGGGAGAGAAGCUUUGACGUGGGGGUUGGACGUGGAAGAGUUUAGACCGGAGAGGCAUUUAGAUUCUUCUGUUGAUUUCCGUGGUCAGGAUUUUGAGCUGAUCCCGUUUGGAGCUGGGAGAAGAAUUUGCCCAGCAAUAUCAUUCGCUGUUGUGUUGAAUGAGGUAGUGUUGGCUACUUUAGUGCAUCAGUUUGAUUGGAGGUUACCGGUUGAAUCGACAGAAGAUCAGACCAAUGUUGCUGAAUCAACGGGUCUUGCGAUUCACCGCAUGUUCCCCCUUUAUGCCAUUGCAUCAUCUUCUACUUGAGUUUUGACUUAUGUCUUAUAUAUAAAUGGUUUAAUAUGUUAUCUUUAAAUACAAAGAUAAUUAUGCAUCAUAUCAUUAUGUAUAUCUACUUGGUCUUAUAUUAAUUAUAAAGUUAUA